AUGGGGCGAGAGAUCGUGAUGUUCUCUAGUGACCUAGAGCGAAGACUUGUGACUCUGGAAGCUCGGCAAUAUGCUGAUAGUGAUGCCUUUGAGGAGAGACUUCGAAGAUUAGAAACCCACUUGCCCACUCAACGGAGAAUCGAGAUAUCGCAGUCUCUGGAGACAGAUAAGCCUGUUGCCGACGAAAAUGCCAUUGGUGAGAGAAUCGAGAAACUGGAGGAUGCUUUAAAGCUGGAGUUGGCUGAUCACUUGGGGAACAUAACUUCUAAAUUCGACGCCCUAGUUGAAAAGCUUGCCGAAUCAAAGGUGGUAUAUCAGAAGAUUGGUGAAAAGUAUUACUAUAUCCAUAAUUGCGUUGAGAGGAGCUGGACUGAUGCCCAACUUUUUUGUGAUCAAAAGAAUGGACAUCUUGCGACUCUUCAAAAUGAAGAGGAGUGGGAGGCUCUUGCUGAGCACUUGAAGAGUGACAAAAACUAUUGGGUUGAUAUAAAUGACAGAGACGACGAAGAGUUUAUAUCCGAUUUUACACAAAAAAAACCAAAAUUCUUAAAGUGGAGUGAUGACGAACCUAAUAAUGGAGGUGAAUAUGAAUUUAUAGAAGAUUGUGUGGAACUGCAAGGAAAUAAUAACUUUUACAUGAAUGACGCACAGUGCUCAAACCAUAAUUUAUUCAUUUGCGAAUUCGAGCCACAAUGCAUAUCGUAA